UAACCCAGAGUGUCUACGUCGUACCUCGAAACUGACAUGUAAAACAUAUUUAGGCAUGAGAAAACCCUAAUCGAAACCCUAGCAAACACAAAUUUAUUUCGUAGCAGAGCUCUGGUUUUCCCAAUCUUAGACAGCGUCAAGCAAAGUAACUGUAAUCAGGUUUCUUUACUUUCCUCUUCGGCUGCGAAAAUGGUUCAGGGAGACAGCAGGAACUUUUCUGGACCAAAGCGUCCUCGAACGGACGGUCCUCGAAAUGAAGGCGAUUGGACAUGCCCCAGUUGCGGCAAUGUCAAUUUUGCAUUUAGAACAACUUGCAACAUGAGGAACUGCUCUACAUCUAAGCCAAAUGACCAUUCACUAAAACCUAUGGGAGCUCCUCAUCCAACACCUUAUGGACAGGCCCAACCCUCCCUGUAUAUGGGACCUCCUGCUGGUGGUGCACCUAUGUAUCUUGGUGGUCAAGGAUUGCCAUCUGCAUAUGGUUCAUCUCUUUCCUUUGGGGCAGCAUCAACCUUACAUUAUGACUUGCCAUUUUCAGGAGCCUCUGGAUUGCAUUAUGAUUAUGGUUCACAUGUUAAUCCAAGUGGGCCAUAUGGACCUCUUCAUAUGCCCACGUCAUAUGGUCACGGUGCUGUUAUUGGUCCAGGCCCAGGUUAUGGUGCCGCACCUCUUCUGGAUGGAUAUGGCAUGGGAAUGCCUCUUGGCCGUGGUGCUCUGGGUCUCAGGCCUGGAGCUGUACCUGAUGAAAACGGUUCCCGUAAGCGAAGAGGGGAUGGGUUAUCUGAUGGUGAUUGGGUCUGCCCCAAAUGUGGCAAUACUAAUUUUGCAUUUCGUACGAUAUGUAACAUGAGGAAGUGUAGUACACCGAAGCCAACUGAGCAUACCGCUAAAUCUUCUAGUGGAGCAGCCAAAAAUUCAUCUAAGGCACCUCCAGAAGGCAGCUGGACCUGUGAGAAGUGUGGUAACGUUAAUUAUCCUUUCCGAACUAAGUGUAACAGGGCAAACUGUGGUGCAGAAAAGCCAUCAGAUAAGAAUGAUUCUCCUAAAUCGGAUGAUGAUGAUCAGUGAGUGCUUUUUGCACUUUGGGUCCGGAGGUCCAGAGUUGUCAACAUUGCUCACAUAUGGGUCUCAAGUCAGUUAAUUGUCCUGUUGCGGCUGUGUCGUCACUACUAUCCUUAACCACCUUUGUUAAGUUAUUUGAAGUUAAUAGCAGCAGCCAGUCAGUUUCUUGAUAUAGCAACUAUGGAGUGGAUUCUGGUCCUUGCCGGGCUUUGGUACUGUCAGAUGUCAAACACUUUGAGUUGUAGCAUCUGCUGGUUCUUUUGAGGUUGCAGGUUGUUAUGCAUGAAGGCCUGUGAUGGUAUUCUUUAGAAGAGUUUACAUAGCUUUAAGUUUGUUGACUAGUUAAGAACUUUCAUGUUUUCAGUAGAUAGUAGUUAUGGAAAAUGUUUAAAGUACUCGUUUUCUCUGUACUAGCCGGACAGCUUCAAAGUAUGGUUACAGAAACUUUUAUUCAUUCUCUUUCUAGGAUGGUAUGGUAAGCUGUUUGUUAAGUGGUCCACAUGUCUCUUUUAGUAAAUCUUUUUGGGGCAGUUUGGUUCUUUGUUUGAUGCCUAAUGCAUCUUAUUAUUAAGAACAAUACAAUCUCUUAAAAUGCAUUGCAUUAAGGAGAUUUAUGUUUA